AUGGGUCGUUCCUCUUUUGCCACAAAAUGGACCCUCCUCGGCAAGCCGUUGCAUUUGUUGGUCUUCAUCUGCGUUUUGCUCUCAGCUCAAAACAACGAGGUUUGUGCAUUCGAUUCGGACAAAUUCGCUCUGUUGGACUUUAAGGCGUCGCUGUCGGACCCUUACGACUUGCUCCGCAGCUGGAGUUUGCAGAAUCCGAAUCACUGCUCGUGGUUCGGGGUUUCUUGUGAUUCGGGUUCUCGGGUCGUAUCCUUGAUUGUUGCUGGUGGAGGUAAUUCCCUUUCUUGUGAAAGAAUUUCUAGGUUUCCGCUUUAUGUGUUUGGAAUUAGGCGACGACCUUGUUUGCGCCGAGGUUGGAGAGUUAAAAUCUUAGGUAGACUUUCAGCUGCUGUUGCUAGGCUUAGUGAGCUCAGAAUUUUAUCUUUACCCUUCAAUGAGCUAAGUGGUGAAAUUCCUUUCGAAAUUUGGGGAAUGGAGAAGCUCGAAGUGCUUGACCUCGAGGGAAAUUUAAUUUCAGGCUCAUUGCCCGCUCAGUUCAGUGGGUUGAAGAUUUUGAAAGUUCUUAAUUUGGGAUUCAAUGAAAUUUCUGGGGAAAUACCAGGUUCAUUGUCGGAAUCUUUGGGAGUCCAAGUUUUGAAUUUGGCUGGGAAUCAAAUUAAUGGUUCAAUCCCGGGUUUUAUCGGCAGGUUUAGAGAUUUGAGAGGGUUGUACCUUUCAUAUAAUCUGCUUGGUGGAUUUAUACCCGAUGAGAUUGGGGAUAAUUGUUGGAACCUCGAGCAUUUGGAUCUUUCUGGUAAUUACUUGGCCGGGAGUAUUCCAAAAAGCAUCGGGAACUGUAAAAGGUUAAAAUCUCUUAUUCUGUACUCGAAUAUAUUGGAGGAAGUUAUUCCAGGCGAACUCGGCCAGUUGAGCCAGCUCGAAAUUCUCGACGUGUCGAGGAAUAAUUUCGGCGGCCCUAUACCUCCCGAGCUCGGUAAUUGCACCAAGUUAUCUGUACUCAUACUGUCGAAUUUAUGGGAUCCUUUUUUCGAUCUUUCGAGUUUAGGAGUCGGUUAUUCGGAGGAGAAGCGGUUGUACUCUGCUGAUGAGUACAAUUUUUACGAAGGUACAAUUCCAUUGGAAAUCACUCGCCUAUCUAGCUUGAGGAUGGUGUGGGGCCCGAGGGCGACUCUGGAAGGAAGCAUUUAUAGUUGGGGCUCGUGCGAAAGCUUGGAGGUAUUGAAUUUGGCUCAGAAUUAUUACUCGGGAAAAAUCUUGGACGGCCUUACCAACUGCACGAAGCUUCGUUUUCUUGAUUUGAGCUACAACAGACUAAGUGGUGAAGUUGUUGAUAAUAACAUUCCCGUUCCUUGUAUGACUCUAUUCGAUAUCAGCGGGAAUUAUUUCUCCGGUAAUUUUCCCACUUUUAGUAACAAACCUUGCUAUCCUGUCCAGUACAUGAAUCGGAAGUUUUCAUAUUCGUCCACUUAUGUAUCAUAUUUCAGAUACAAAACUCUUAUCGAAAACUCUGCACCGUUUUGCGACAAUUAUGAUGGCAGCAGAUUCAUGAUCGUACAUAAUUUCAGUUCGAACAAUUUUACGGGGAAUGUUUAUUCGACACCUGUUGCAUCGGAAAUACUCGGCAAGCAUUCUGUUUAUGCGUUUCUUGCCGGUGGAAACAAGCUGACCGGAAGCCUUACCGGAGCUUUUUUCGACAAGUGUGAUCAGGCAGGAAGUAUAAUACUCAACCUAACAAACAACAUGUUGACCGGUCAAAUCCCAGCCGAUAUUGCCUCGACAUGCAAGAAUCUGAUUGUCCUGGAUUUAUCCGGCAAUCGGUUUUCCGGAAGCCUUCCUCCCAAUACCGGUGACUUGAUUUCACUUCUCGUCCUCAAUUUGAGCCGGAAUUUACUAUCGGGCCCCAUUCCUAACAGCCUCGCCGGAAUGAAGGAUCUAAAAUCCCUCUCGCUGGCCGGAAACAACUUGGACGGUCCUAUUCCGGCAAGCUUGGGACAACUGUACUCCCUCGAACUGCUCGACUUAUCUUCCAAUUCACUUUCCGGCGAAAUCCCGGAAAAUCUCACCAACUUGAGAAACCUGAAAGUUUUCCUCUUGAACAACAAUAAUCUGACCGGAGGACUACCCCUCGAACUACCAAACAUACCCACCCUCUCGAUUUUCAACGUGUCCUUCAACUAUUUAUCCGGAACUCUGCCCAUAAACAACACCAUGAUCAAAUGCAACAGUUUUAUCGGUAACCCUUCUUUCCACUGCCCGGUUCUCUCGAAGUCUCCUUCCUUUACAGCCCAACCGAGCCAAACGGCGAACCCGAAUAGCAAUUCAUCCUUUUCCUCAAACACUACUCAGAGAAAAAAUCACGGCGAGUUCAAAACCGUCGAGAUAGCCUCCAUAACUUCUUCGGCAAUCAUAGUCUCGAUCCUUCUCGCCUUAAUUGUCCUCUUUUUUUACACCCAAAAAUGUAAACCAAGGUCUCGAGUAAACACGGCCGUCAGAAAGGAUCUCGUUGUCUUCACCGAUAUAGGAGUCCCCUUAACUUUCGAAAAAGUCGUUCAAUCCACCGGAAAUUUCAAUGCGAGCAACUGCAUUGGGAGCGGAGGAUUCGGGGCGACGUACAAAGCCGAGAUCGCGCCAGGUGUCCUCGUGGCAAUCAAGCGCCUCUCGAUCGGCCGAUUCCAGCUAGGCGUCCAGCAGUUCGACGCCGAGGUAAAAACGCUCGGCCGAUUACGCCACCCGAACCUCGUGACACUAAUCGGGUACCACGCUAGCGAAAACGAGAUGUUCUUGAUUUACAACUAUUUGCCAGGUGGCAAUUUGGAGCGGUUUAUUCAGGAGAGAUCGACCCGGCCCGUCGAUUGGCGGGUUCUCCACAAGAUCGCUUUGAAUGUAGCGAACGCGCUAGCCUACCUGCAUGACCGCUGUGUGCCACGUGUACUCCACAGAGACGUGAAGCCAAGUAAUAUACUGCUAGACGAGGGUUUUAAUGCGUAUUUAUCGGAUUUCGGGCUGGCUCGACUUUUAGGGAACUCAGAGACACAUGCCACGACUGGUGUGGCGGGGACUUUCGGUUAUGUGGCGCCGGAAUACGCGAUGACGUGUCGGGUUUCGGAUAAGGCUGACGUGUACAGUUACGGUGUGGUUUUGCUAGAGCUGUUUUCGGAUAAGAAAUUGCUCGACCCAUCGUUUUCUUCGUAUGGGAAUGGGUUUAAUCUCGUGGCUUGGGGGUGUAUGCUUCUGCGUGAGGGCCGGGCCAGGGAGUUUUUUGCGAGUGGGCUUUGGGAUGUGGGCCCUCACGAUGAUUUGAUUGAGGUGCUGCAUUUAGCGGUGGUUUGUACGGUGGAGUCGCUUUCGACGAGGCCGACUAUGAAACAAGUGGUUAAGCGGCUGAAGCAGCUUCAGCCGCCAUCUUGUUAG